AAGCCGGCAUUAUCUACGCACAUGAAUCUGUCACGCGAAGAUAUGCUGAAGAACAUGGAGGAGUUGUCGUUGGCAUCGUGGUUGCUUCUUCUAUGGAAACAUUCUCCCCUGUCUCAAUACGUGUAGCCGAAACGGCUAAGGAUCCAGUGGUCCUCUUGUCAGAUAAAUACAAGUUUCGUCUUUAUAUUCUUAAUACGGUUCUCGAUAGUCGAAGGGAAG